UUGAUAUGAUUCAUGCAUGCCUGCACUACGUCAUAUUGGCUUAUUGAGGUACAGAAAGAAAAACAAUUGAGUCUAAAACAUCUCAGUAUGAUUACAGAUCACUUUUACAGCACUACGGAGAACAAUCAUUGUAAAUGCUAAAUGGAACGCUUGGAAACAGCACCCUCUUGUGUCGACAAGGGGAAAUGGCGUCUAAUUGGUUGCUUGGCUACAAGGCAACAACUGGAUCCGCCUGAGGUGUUGGUGGCGAAAAGUAGGCAAAAACUCUACACUGGACUGGAUUAAGAAGUUUAUGUCAUAAUAGCAGCGAAGCUACUGAACUGGAACAGCCGAAAAGUGGAAAACAGCAGAAAUGUCGUCAAUGGUUCAACAUGGCCGACGAAGGGGAUCCAGUAAGAGUGUCUCUCCAGCAGAGGACGGCAACAACACCGUCCAGCCUCUAGAUCUCCGUCAGGUCACCGUCUUAACCAAGGCAGACUGGCUGAGGAUCCAGGACAAAAUCGCCGGUGUGGACAAGGAGAAGGAGCACACGAUGGAGGCCAGGAGGCAGAGAGAACUUCUCCAGCAGAAGUCCAAAGAGAUGGCCAAGCUGUGGCCCAACACCUUGGCUAGCCAAAGACAGAAGAAGCUGGAGGCCAAGAAGAUCCGGGAGCAGAUGGAGGAGGACAAAAGGAAAGAGAUGGACAUGGAAGAGGCCAAAUACAGAGAGGAGCAGCGCAAAGAGGCCAUUGAGAAGGCCAAGCGGCAGCUGUACUACCAGACUCAGCGAGUCAAAGGACUACACCGUGCACUCUUGCUAACAGAGGUUCUGAAGGAAAGGGAGGCCCAGAUGGAGCUGAAGCAAAGACGACAGAGUGCCUCCGAGGAGCUUGACAAAGAAUAUGUGGAGAUGAUGAAGGCCAGAGAGGAUGAGGCUUUGCAAAGAGAGCAGGAGAGCAAAGAGCAGAAAAGACUGGAAAGGCAGGCUGUUGCGGAGGACCUGAAGAAGCAGAUUGAGGAAAAUCAGCUGGCAAGGGAACGCCAGAAGCUCCAGACCAAGAAGGACGCCGAGGAGAUGCAACUCCUUCGAGAGCUCCAUCAGUGGGAGCUCAAGAUGGAGGAGGAGAUGCAAGCCAAGCAGAAGAGCGACUUCAUGCAAGAUCAGCUGGUAGCGGGACCGACCAGCUCAUCGGUCAGCAAUUGUCCUGCUUCGUUUAUGACCAGCAGUUGUACGUUUCAGGAGCAUCUCACUCAAAGAGACAUCUCAAAGAUGGCGGAUAUGGAGAAACGGGAGGCGGAGGAAGCCCAAAGAAAACUUUUCCUGUCUGCAAAGGAGAAAAUGGUGAAGUUGAGAAGAGGCAAAGAGCAGGAGUUACUCAAAGAAGUCCAGAAUCGCAGAGAGAAGAUGGUGGACCAGCUAACCAUGGCUCAGCAGGAGCAGACAGAGCAGCAGCAGCAGAGGCUGGCCAAGGCCGUGGCAGAACAGGACGCCAAGAGGAUGCAGCAAGAGUGGGAGGAGGAAACGCGGAGGGUGGCGAUGAUGAAGUCAAUCGCAGCACAUCGGGAACACAUGGUCAGAGAGAAGGAACGCAAUGACUUGAUGAGAAAGGAAAAGGAAAGAGAAGCGCUGCAGGCAAAGAUGGAAGAAGAUAGAAUAUUCUUACAGGAACACAAACUAAAGGUGCAGAACAGCCGCCAGGAGCUUCAGAAGAUACAAGUCUUCAAUGCAAGCCAGACGGUGGAGAAACAGGCCAGGCAGCAUCAAGCGAGGACAGCAGAACACGAGUUUGAAGCCAAGAACCUCAAGCUCCUAGCUGAAGAGGAGAAAGCUUUUGAGAAGUACUCCUUGGAGGCGGUCCAAGCAGCGGCGGCCGCUCAGCGCAGCGUACUUCCACUUUACAAGGCCGUGAGGGAGGGGGUUGCAUGCGGUCCCAGUUUUACCGGAGCGAGACCUCGCUACCUUGUUCAAGACACGAGUGGCGCUGAAAUGCCCAAAUACAUCUCGGCCACCACGCGGGAUAUCAAGAAGAUCCAUGAGGUUGGAGAUAUCCAAGCAGCAAAGAAGAGGCUCGGGUUUACGUGGUGAUGUUAGGACCUCCUGGUGAGCGAUUCGGAAGAACCGAACUGAGCUGCGACUUAGGGGCUUGUCCAUGGGGAGAUGUUUUCAGGUGGACGUUUCAAGUCCCGAGAAACUAAAGGAUUUCCACUUGGUUGUCAGCCUGAACCAGCAGAAGAUAAAGUCCCAAAUGGGCAUGUGGUACUGUGUUUGCAGCACCACAUGACCAUCAUUAUCACUCCGUGAUCCUGUCAUUGAUCUCACGCUGAGGGAAACAAAAAUACAAGAACCUGGGAGAUUUCACUUCACUUUUAACGGUGCUAAUAAUUGCUGCAGAACAAUAUUUUCAGAUGUGAUUUGGGUAUUUUUUAAUUUCUUUCUACAGCAGGGUAUCUCCUAAAACAUCUCGCACAAUAAACACAGUAUUUUUAUGUCGUACUUGUGGCGUUACACUUUCCUCCAUUCCAAAACAAACGUGGAGGCAUCACUCGAUUGAACGAGAGACGACAAGACGGGACAGGUGUUGGUAACAUUUCAAGAUCAGAAAUAACUGUGCAAGAUUUUUUAUUUUUUUUUAUAUCUCAAUUCUCAUAUCCUAAAAAUCAGAUCCGCCACCCAAAGAUGAUGUUAAAUAACAGAAAUCAAACAUCAGUAUAAAAAGAUCUGGAACCGGCUGUACCAAAGAAUCCAAAAUAAGCAAUAAUCCAAGUGUAGUGGCAGCAUUUGAAAAAAAAAAAGCGACUCUAGAAUUCUUACCAUAUCGGGCACUGAACGGUUUCAGUCCUCGAUGGGGCAGCUUCAGCCGCACGGGCGGUCGUUGUCACGGGUUGUCUCGGCUCAGCGCUGCGACCAAGCCAAAGAUCGACAAGGAGGGGCUCAGCUUUACUGUACAUUGUGUUUGGAUGACAUGGGUUUCUAUUCUUCUCAAAAGUAUCAAUAGACUUCUCAUGGAUGCUUGUGUUUUCCAGCCUGGCAUUCAUCUGGUGCAGCCUCCCCUUUAAAAGGUUUGGGAAUUUUAAGUUGGCAGAUAUUGUGGAUGGCCUGUGAGGAAUGUCAGAAAGCAGUUUGAAAGCCGGAGCUGCAUGCUGGAUGAGCAUCCAAAUAAAAGACUGGUUCUCAGUCGCUGUCGGAGCUGGAACUGGAGCUCGAGUGAUUCCUCUUCUUGCCUUUAACUUCUGCUCUUUUUCUGUCUUUGGAGGUGCUUUUGGAUCUUCUCCGUUUGGAGUCUGGGCUCUUGCGGCGCUUACGGCGAUCGUCUCUGUCAGAGCUGCUGCUGCUGGUGCUGCUUCGUCGUCGCCUCUGGCUGUCCUUACGAGGAGUGGCGUGAUCCUUGCUGCGCCCUCGUCUAUCGCUUUUGCUUCGAGAGCGCCUGCUCGAUCUCUUGCUUCUGUCAGGACUUUUCCCACGCUCCCGACUCCUUGUUCUCCGCCUUCGGUCUUCCUUGUCGUCGUCGUCGUUGUGGCGUCUGUGUGUGCUCCUGCUGCGUUCCCUACCCCGCUCUCGCUCCUGGUCUCGUUUUUCCUCUUUAUCCUUGGAGGCAGCGCGUCCGCCCUUAUCUUGAUUUCUGCUUCUUGAUCUGCGCUCGUCCUUGGAAUUUCGGUCUUUGCUUUGUGAUUUGGUCCUCGUUUUCUCACCAUUGCUUGUUUUGGAAUCUGCUUUCGGCUUAUCAGACUCUUUCUCUUUGUUUUUUUCUUUGCUGUGAUCAGAUUCAGACUCCUUUUCUUUCCUAGUCGCACUUCGGUCUUUACUCCUCGAGCGAUCUUUCCUGUCACUACUUUUAUGCUUGUGACUCUUCUCUUUGCUUUUUGACCUCCUCUUUUCUCUGCUUUUUGACCUCCUACUUUUGUCUCUGCUUUUACUGCGGCUUUUAGAUUUGGCCCUUUUCUUGUCCUUCUGCUUGCUUUGUUUCUCACUCUUUUCCACAGAGUCGUCCUUGCUUUUGGAU